AUAAACAGUAAGGGAUCACUAAUAUAAGACCAGCUUUGGAGUAAACACAGGAAUCUUGUCCGGUGCCUCAAAAACGUUUAAUUUAUUGCUAUUAUCAUGUGACUACAGCACAGCGUGAAUGACUUGAGGCAUGGAAGCAGAGGUGGAUGGUGUGUGUGGUGGUGGCAGUGGUGGUGGUGGCGGUGGCUCGGACGGACUAACGACAAGGGAAGCUCUAGGGCGUCUCCACGAUGACAUUAACGCAGCCCUGGAGCACCACCACAAGACGCAGGAGCACUGGAGCCGCGGGUGUGGAGCCAAGACUGUGUUGUUCGAGGCACUCCACCACAAGUGUCAGCUGGCCCUUUUUCAUUGGACGUCAGCUCUGGGGCUCCUCCUGUGUGCCGCGGCCCUGCUUGUGGCCUACGCUGCCUCCGGGGACGACAGGUUGCAGUGGGUACCGGCAGAGGUGGUGGUGGUGGUGGUGGUGAUGUGUGGCAAUGUUUACUUAGUGUGGUGGGAUGCGACUCUCCGACACCAGGAACUUCCCCGGCUCACUCAGCGCACCCUGGCCUUGCUGCGAGAAUACCAGGAAACCGUGCAAUGGGAGCCUGCCAACUACCCACACUUGCACACCCCUCUGUCACCCUGUAUAACCUUGCAAUGGACGCGAAGGGACGGCCAUAUUGUUAAUCUCCCCUGGUCCUUGUUAGUUAGGGGAGAUAUAAUUCUACUAAGGCCAGGCCAGAGAGUCCCGGGCAGGUGUAGGCUGGUGCAGACAACCACAACAACAACAACAACGACAACAGCAACUGAAUUACAAAUGGGAGAAGUUUAUUCACCACAUUUAGAAGGAAUUGGAGAAGUUUUUAACUCCCCCAAAGAACGUGUGCCACUCCCCACCACCCCGUACCUGCUGCUGGAGACCCCUUAUGUCUUUAACGUGGAGACCCUGCUUGCCGAGGCCCUCAAUAGACCAGUUACCGUGUUCAAUAGGCUACGACAUGCGAUUUUCACUGUAGCCAUUGAAAAUCUUGCGUUGCCUAUUGUUGUGUUCAUGGCCCUUCUGAUUAAUGGGGUGCGGCUGUACUAUGGCGGCUGGGGCGGACACUGGGGGGAGGCACUGCUGGGGGCUGCGGUGGGGGUGGCGCUCCCCUCCUGCCCCUCUCGUUGCCCCUGGCCUGGCUGGCACUCAAUUGGCUCGGCACUGGACGCAUUCUGGCCAUGUAUCAUCAGGCGGGUCGUUCCUGGAGGGGCUGCGGCCUGGGAACAUGGGCGUUGUUGGGGGGAGGUGCGAACCCACACCCUGGCCAGCAUGUGCGGUACCUACCCUGCCCCCACCCGCACUGCCAACAUACUGCAUGCUCUUGCCUCUGUCACUAACCUGUGCUGUGUUGACAAGAAGGGGGUGCUAUCUUGGCCCAAUCCCACGGCAGAAAAGGUGUUUUUUCUGAAGAACCGUGGCCAUAACCUUAUCAACACCAGUGUGGCGUCGUUUUACGGUGACGAGGAGAUGGUGGAGGACGAGGGUCACCUACAGAGGUCACUCCCCACCAACAACACCACAAAAGAAUCCGAGUCAGUGCUGAUGUCCUUGACCCACGACCACCAGACAGCGUUCGGGCUCCAGUUUGACGACCCUUCCUGGCAACGAUAUUUACUUUCUCUCAAACCCCUGGGUCUCAAUAUUCUCCUGAACACGUGCAACCCAGCUACACAACAUCACUACACCCAGUUCUGCGCGCACAUCACCUGCGAAGCCAUGUUUAACGAGGAUCUGGUCCCUGUCUCGCAGCGCAGGUGCCUCUGUGAGCUGGCCAAACAGAUCGGAUUCUCCCAACGAGCCCAACAGCCCUUUGAACUGGAGCACCAGCUGUCAACUUUCAGACACGUGCCUCCAGACAUGGCGCGCAAGGACAGGCUGGCGCGGAGUUUAAUAACAACAAAAUUGAAGUUCCCCUUUCCUCACAUGAUGUCUGUGCUUGUGAGGGACAGAGCAUCUCGGAAACUUGAAUUAAUGUCGCAGGGCACGGCAGACAUCAUCCUAGACUCGUGCACAGACUACUGGGAUGGCUACGACGUCUGUCCGCUGACCGACAAGGAUCGAAAGAAGAUUUUGGACUUUUAUCACCGAACGAGCCUGUCAGCCUAUUGCACAGCCUUCUCCUAUAGGCCUACCUCCUGUGUGGUGCGGCAGGAGCUCUCUGAAAUGUAUAUGGAGCUUCCUUUAGACCCCUCGCAUCUGUAUAUGGCUACUCGGACUCCUACACCUCAUAUUAGUACAGAGGCGCUGUUCGGCGACCACCACCACACAGAGUACGAGGAGGUGGAUGACGUGGAGGACGCGUUCCGAAUGCAGUGUAAACAAAUAUUUAUCGGGAUGGUUACUAUGCAAUACCAAGCCAAGACUGAUAUGGUACAGAUGAUUGAACAGCUGGACGCCUCUUGUAUUCGAUUUGUCCACUUCAGCAAAGAAAACGAGCUGAGGUCCCGAGUAUUCUCAGAGAAAAUGGGCCUGGAA